GUAAUGAACAUUUGAAGGUCCAUGGCAUUCCAGAUCUCACUUCCAAUUCCAAUUCCAGCGGUUCCUAGAAAAACAGACCCUCUAAUAAAAUGCAUCAUAGACAACAAGGCAGAGAGACUUCGCAAAUUAAUAAGAGGCAGAGAUAUUAAUGGACUGUACCCUUCUGAAGACUGGAAAGAUGAUGUUACUCCAUUAUCUGCAGCAGUUUUAUGCAGAAACGAAGAAAUCUGCUCUUAUCUACUUGAAGAGUCAGCUGAUCCAAACAAAUCCUCAACAAGUGGACGAACUCCUCUACAUUACGCUGCAUUUACAACUGGGGUUCCACUGAGUAUUGUGAAAAGAUUACUUGCAGCAAAAGCUGAUCCAGAUGGAUUUCAGUUGUUCACUCCAUUACAAUGUGCUGUUGAUCGUGAUCGUGAAGACAUUGUGAAAGCACUUAUAGAGGCUGGAGCUUCACCUGAAAUGAACUAUGGGGUGAAUCCAGAGCUUGAUAAAAAAGUGGAGAAAAUUAUUUGUCGAUUGUCUUCACAGAGUCAAGUGUUUGAGAAGGUGCAUCUGUUUUUCUCUCUUUCUUUUGCUGUACGAACGAAAAAGGAGAUAGAAGUUUUCAGAAUCUAUAAGGAAAAUUUAUUUCAAGAGCAUCCUUUCAUUCAUACAAUUUUGUUUGAGGUGUAUUUUGGUGUCAUUGGUCCAAGUGCAGAUCAGUAUCGUCAGAGCGCCAUCAAGUGGUUAAAAGACACAAAGAGUGCAUACAGAUACAUUGAGGGAGUCAUCAAACGCUUCCCAAAAAUCCCUCAGAAACACUGCCCAAAUGCACUGAACUGCUUAUAUGCUGCUUUGUGUGUCAGUGAAAGCAUUUCUGCUCUGGUAUUCAGUGAUCUUGUGUCAAUUCUAACAAAAAGUCUUCAGCACUCUGGAAAUGCACAAGGAGCAAUAAUCAAUCAGGUGAUUCUUACGAUACUCAAUGUCAUGAUGCAGAAGACGUCUGAGCAGAAACUGGGACUAAACCUUUCCGUCUAUGAGAAGUUGUGCAAAAGUCUAUUGCCUCUCACACGUCCUGAUUAUUCAAGUCUGAUUAGAGUUUGGACCUACGGACUGUUUGCCUAUAUAUAUGACAUUGCUCCUAAACUUGUAGCAUUGCCCUCUAUCCCAGAGAUGAUACUUAACACUGCAGAGAUAGAGAUGGAUGAAGUCAUGAAAAAGAAACUGCAAAAGUUGGAUGAAUCACUGAGGCAUCCAGCAGGUUCGAGUGCAGUGGAUAAUUUAUGUGAAGAGGCUGCAGCUCUAUCAACAAGCAGGAAGAAGAAGAAAAAGAAGAAAAAGAAGAAAAAAAUCCAGCAAGAGGUGGGAUCACAAGAAGGUGAAGGUAAAGAAGAACCAUUUCCAGACACUGUAGUGUCAUCCAUUGAGGAAUCAAAUUCCAGUGUGCAGCCGUUCACACAGCCUGAUGAGACAAGUAUCCCAAGAAGGUGGCAUCAAACAGUUGCUGGGAUGUUAGUCUACUACAUUCUCUCUGGAGGACAACAUCCAUUUGGUGAAGAUGUGGAUUGUGAGUACAACAUUUCACGAGGAAGAUACUCACUGGAGCAUCUGGAUGAUGACGUAGCGAAGGAUCUCGUCGAGUGGAUGAUCAACGAAAAUCCAAAUGAGAGACCAACUGUGGAGCAAACCCUCGCACACCCCUUCUUCUGGACUGAUGAUAGGAGAGUGCAGUAUCUCAAAAUAUUGGGAAACGAGAAAGAGGCUGAAAACUGCCGUAACGCAGAUGAGGAGCUCCUUAAUGCCAUUGCAAAAUACAGUGAGGGGAAGAGCUUUUCUGAAUGGAAGACUGAAUUGCCUUCUGAGCUUGUGCAGAAACUGGAUGGUAAGAAGAAAGCCUAUCCUGAGAACACACUGGGCCUGCUGCGAUUUAUACGCAACCUGCACGAGCAUUAUAAAGCUGAUGCUGUGACAAUCAACCUGAUGGCUUUAUUUCCUGAUCUCUUUGGGAGUGUGUAUAUUUUUGCCAAAGAGAGAGGAUGGCACUCCAGGGAAAGUGUUCGUAUGGACAUAAAUUCGGCGUCAUGAACGUUAAGAUCUGACAUAACAUUUUGCAGUCAUUGCAACACAGUGACUGAGCAUAAAUACUGAACAUUUACACAGUACAGCUUUUAAACAGUUUUUGGUUUUUUUCUCAGUUACUAAAACACAGAUGAUUUAAUGUUUUGUUACAUAAA